CGCUAGCAAACAGCGACCGUAAGUGCAUUCAAUCAUUCAAGUGGCGACAGGAGACAGUGAAAAUAUUUGCGUAAGGACAACGGCAUGAAAGGAUAAGCGAGCGAGUGGAUGCCAAAAAAAAUCAUUGCUAAAUGUCAACAAAGCAAUUGUUUUUGUAUGCAUAACUGACAGACGAGACUGACUGUUAUUUGACACCAGCGCGCAGAAUAUGCCAAAAAGCAGCAUGAAAACAAAGUGAAUACAAUAAUCAGCAAUCAAAGUAGACAAAAGGAAGCGAAAGUCAGCAACACCCAACCGCGACGACAGCAAAAUAACACAGCAGCAGUAGAAAUAGCAAUAUUGUAGCAUACACUCAGGCGCUGACAAAGUAGUUGAACAGGAAGCGCUGCAAAUUGAAGCGAGUAAAAAGUGAAAUAAACGGAGCGAAAAUUUUGCAAAUGUAGUGAAUUGUAAAUUUAAUUUACUGUAAAAUAAAAAAAUUAUAAAAAAAAAUUUUCAACUAAAAAAAAUACACGAAAACAUUAUAUAAAAACGUUUGCUGACAUGCGGCAUGCCAUUGAGUAACUAUAAGGCGUAGCUACAAUAACAACAACAACCACAAAAACAAUAGCAGGUGUUCCAAAGACAGCAGCUGCGUCAACAACAACAAUAACGGCAAUAGCAACACAACGAAACGCGAUUACAUAAAUAUUAAUUAGCAUAAAAGUAAAGUUGAAGGCGUUCGAUCGAAGUCAACGCACAGCAGCGUGUGUUCACACACACACACAAACACAAGCGCAAGCAUAGAGCGUGAGGAAGUGCUCAGUAAUGACAGUGUGAGCAUAUUGAUUGCACAACAACAAGUUGGAAAGUUAUUAUAGAGUUAUAAAUUAAUUGAAAGGCAGUGAAAUAAAGACUGAGUGCGGAAAAAUUAAGUAUUUGUUGUAAAACAACAAAAACACAUUCGUGUAAAAACUUACAAAAAAGAAGGAAAUUUUAAACAAAAAGUGUAAAAGAUUACUAGCGAAACAGCAAAAAAUUCUUCGCACGCUGCAACGCAAAUAAAAGCAAGGCGCAUAAACAAACAAAAAUUGUAACAACAAAAAGAAAAUAACAACAAAAACAACGUAAAGGCAGCAGAGAGCAAUAUGGCUCGCGUAAUACUUGCAACACAAACGCAUACUAACUCCAAAAUUCUUAGCGCGCUGCUAAUCGCAUUUCUUCAGCUCGCUGUCUGCUCUAGACUAGGCGUCGCGUCUAUCGCAACAGUCGCACCGGCACCUGCAGCCACAGCUGCACAACUAUCCAGUAGUAUUCCGCAAACCGAAACUAAUGCCAAUACGAUUUCAUCAUCGGCCGUGCAUGAGCAUGGCGCGUCCACAACUAGUACGCCACUACAGGCGCCUGCCGUCUCUACCAGCGAACCCGUGUUUGGCGCCGAAACUGCUUUGGAAUCUGUUAGCACAGCUGCACCGUUCACGACCACCACUACUAGCACUACAACAACUACUGCUACGACAGCGCCCGAACACGAUAUCAUCGGCUCGCCUGGUCCGGACAAGCGUGAGCAGGACGCCAUCUUGAAGGCGCUGGAUUGGUUAAAGGAGAAACGUGCUGCCGAUUAUGGUUGGGGCAAUGACACGCAUGUCGUUAUUUUAGCUAAAGAGUUGUCCGGCGCACGCGAUCCCACUGACGCCGAUGGCCAUUUGCAGAUCAUACAAGAGCUGGAGGACACAUUGUCCGUCAAGGAGAUGGAAAUCGAAAUAUUGGCCAUGCUGGAUCGUCAUCAUAUGCUGCCGAAACCGUUGAAUUUGGAGAAACUGGCGCGCUACGUGCUGGCACUCGGCUCGCUGUGCAAGGAUCCGAAACAUUUUCAUGGUCACGACUUAGUUGCCACGUUGCAGCAUCAUGAGCCGGCGCAAGAUAAUGAGUUCGCCUUAGCCACGCUGUCGGCGUGUAGUGCGGCUGCGCAUGUGCGCAAGCGCCAAAUACGCCGACUGCUGGAUAUAGCGAGCGGCGUAACGGAUCAGGGUGUGGACACCAUUGCCAUGGUUAUAUUGGCGUUGCGCUGCAUUGUGACCGAUCAUCGGCAUCGCCAUCUACAGCACUUUGUACGACGGCCUGCCAGAGGAUUGGCCAGUUUGCAGGAUCCACGCGGCGGCUUCGGUUCGCUGCGCAGCACUGCAUUGGCUAUGCAGGCAUUGCAAGAUCUCGAACACGAUCCGGCCGGCUCGUGGAACCGUACUGCCGCAUCGAAGUGGAUAUUGAGUCGGCAACGCGAGGAUGGCGGUUGGACUGAGGAGCCAUUGCACGACGGACAGGAUCCCGGCAUCGGCGUGGGUUUGACUGCGGACAUUAUAUUGGCGUUGGGUUGGAAGGGACUGGGCGCGGUGCGUGCACUACAGUGCGAUCAUGUGAUACGCGAGAACAGCGAUCCAACUUCAGAAAAUGGCGAACCAAAACUAGCUGUACCCUAUGGACUUACAUCAUCGGCCGAGGAGUCGGACUCGAAGAAUGUCUCCUACACAUACACAUUGUGGGUGGGCUCGAAUGUCACGGAAACGUUCUCACUCUCGCUGGUCUCACCAAAGAACACCAGUUUCUUCAAGGCCAUGACACAGGCUGCCGAUUUAGAUCCACGAUUUACUUUCGAGGCGCGGGAAUGGCCUAACGGGCACUAUGUACAUACACUAGCCGGCAAAAAGGAGGAACCCAGGGGGUACAACUACUGGCUAUUGUAUCGUUUGCCUGAGCUACCCGAUCCUAAUAAUGCACCAGGCAAUCAGCUGAUUGCACCAGUCGGCGUCGACGAGCUUAUGGUCGAGGAUGGUGAGCACUACUUAUACUGGUAUAAAAAGCUCUAAGCUCUCUCAGCGUACAUAUAAACAGCAAUAGAAGUAAAAAUUAAGCGAAAGUGGUGGGUGCAAGAGAAAGAACAAAACAAACUACAUAUACAUAUACAUAUAUAUAAAUAAUAAUGCGAAUAUAAUAUAUACAUCCAUACAAUAUACUGCUAUGAAUAACAGGAGGCCAUAAAUAAUAAAGUAAAUGCGAAUACAAAUAUACACAACAAAUAUAUACAUGCAUAAAACUACAUUAACGGUAAAUACAGUGUAAGAGAACGAUAUAAAAAUUUAGAAAAUGAAAAACAAAAAUAACAAAAAAAAACUAAAAGCGAAUUAAUCAAACAAAAGUUCCGCGCUUUAGCCAAGGCAAAUGCAAAAUGAAAAAUACAUAAAAUAUUAAAAAAAAAAAAAAGAAUUAUAAAAUAUAAAAAUAAAUAUUUUUCGAAAUUUGAAAUUAAUAAAUACUAAGAAAUGCUAAUUAUAGUUGAAUAUACAUAUAUAAAAAAGCAUAAUAUAAGCAUGAACAAAACAAGAUUAUAAAAUAAUAAAAAAAACAACAGCAAAGAAAUGCUAUUAAUAAAGCUGACAAGCAAAAUAUUGAUAAACGUGAUAAGGCAUGUGCAGGAUAACAAUAAAAGCAGGUGAACAAAGGUCACCAAUACAUGCACAUAUUGUUAUACAGUCAUACAGCUUGGCAAAGGCACAGGCAUACAUAAAUAUACACCAACUUUAAUACACAUAUGGUACAUAUAUAUGCAUACAUACAUAUGUACAUAAACAUAUACAUAUUUAUGCAUACAUAUACACACAUGCGCAUCAAUAGUAGAGAGGGGAAUUAAUUCAUAUUAAAAAUAGCGACAGGCAAAAUCGAACGUCCAUAUUAAAUAAAACGUGUCAGUCUACAUACACACAUACAUGCAUACAGAUAUGUAGGAUACUAAAGCUUAUAGGUAUGGUAAUAGUGAAUCAAAUAUAUACACAUGCAGUUAUUAACGGUAUAUAUGAGUAUGCAAAUGUAUUUCUGUAUAGUGCAGGACUUCAAAUAUGCAUGCAUACGCAUAUGUACAUAUGUAUAAGGGUAUAAUUAUGCUUUUUUGAAAAGACGUACGGUAAUAGAAAAAUAAUUUGAAGUAAAAAACUUUAUGAAAGUGAAAUGUUACAUUCAAACCAAUAUAAAAAAUUAAAAUUAAAUUUUUCCAGAAAUAUUAGAAAAAUUUUUAAUUAAAAAAUUUUUUUCAUUAAAUAAAUUUUUUUCAUUUAAAAUUUUAAUUUAAAAUUUUUAAAAAACUCAAAUGCUUAAUUUAUAUUAAUACAAAAAAAAAAUUCCAAAAAAAAAAUCCAAAAAAUUUUUAUUCAGAAUUUUUGAUAUUUUGUUUAUUUGAUUUAAAUUUUUUUAGAGAAGAAAUAAACAAACGUCUAAUACUUUUUAUUGUUGCAAAAUCUGUGUUCAUAUUUUUUUACUUUAAGGUAAAAAAAUUGUAAUAAAAAUUCUUUAUAUUAUUUUUAUUUUAAAGUAAAAAAUUGUAAAAAAAAUUACUUGAUAUUCAUUUUUUUAUUAUAUCUUAUUGCCAAAAAUUUUAUAAACUCUUAUCACAAAAAGCAGUAAACCAACAUGCAUGCAUACAUAAACAAAAAAAUAAAUAAAAAGAGCUGACAGAACCUACAAGCUAUAUAAGCAAAGUAAAAA